CAGCUUUGGGGAAGAUGAAGAGCUGUGCACAUCUUCUGACACUGAUGGGGAGGUGAUCAAACCAUUUGAGAUUUCCGUGUCCCGGUCCCAGAGUUUCCGCUCAGGAGCAUCUGAGAAAGGAAAGUGGACAGAAUUGGAGCAGAAACCGAAGUUCAGCUAUUUGCUCUCUGCCCACGAAGAAGAUAGCACAGAAGUGUCUGCCUGUGAAGAUUUGGAUGGAACCAGCCAACUAAGUUACUUUGAGAAUCUGUCUUAUGGUGAAGAUGAUCCCAACUUUGCCCACCCACAGUCCCCAUGUGAGAGAGGGGAUAACAGACACCAUGGUGCAUCUCACCAAGAGACUGUUGUGGCCCGAAGCCUCAGUCGCCAAUCCACAGACGGCAGCUUGGAGAUGGAGACAGCUUUUGAUAACCGGGGACUUGAAGAUUCCUAUGCUACUGACAGCUCCUCCGUGUGGAGUCCAGAGGAGCAGGAUGGGACCAAUUUGCAGGUGCCAUCUGGGGUCUCAGAGCCCAUCUCAAGGUGUGGUGACCUAGACGUCAUCUUUGAACAUAGUGCUGCGAGCCAGAAGCUCACAGUGACCAUUGUGAGAGCACAGGGCCUCCCAGAUAAGGACCGAAGUGGUGUCCACUCCUGGCAAGUUCAUGUAGUGCUGCUGCCCAGUAAGAAGCAGAGGGGCAGGACGAGCAUACAGAGAGGGCCCAACCCCGUCUUCCAGGAGAAGGUCACUUUCACCAAGCUGGAGCCCAGAGAUGUGGCUGCCUGUGCCAUCCGCUUCCGCCUGUACGCUGCCCGCAAGAUGACCCGAGAGAGAAUGAUGGGAGAGAAAUUGUUCCAUCUCAGCCACCUGCACCUAGAAGGGCAAAUGAAAGUGACUCUGGUUCUGGAGCCAAGAAGUAAUAUAAGCAGUGGAGUGUCUCCGCUCAGCCCAUCUGCAGUUUCUCACAGUGACAGUGCUUCAUCCAUGCAGUCGCUGUCCCAUGGAGGGGCGCCAGAGCUGUUGGUGGGGCUGUCGUACAAUGCCACAACAGGGCGAUUAUCUGUGGAAAUGAUCAAAGGCAGCCAUUUCAGAAACCUCGCUGUUAACCGAGCGCCUGAUACAUACGGAAAACUCUUUCUCCUCAAUUCUGUGGGCCAAGAGAUGUCCCGCUGCAAGACGUCCAUUCGACGUGGUCAGCCCAAUCCUGUCUAUAAGGAGACUUUUGUUUUCCAGGUGGCCCUCUUUCAGCUCUCUGAUGUCACGUUGAUGAUUUCCAUUUAUAACAGGCGUACUAUGAAGCGUAAAGAGAUGAUUGGCUGGAUUGCUCUGGGCCAAAACAGCAGUGGAGAGGAGGAACAAGAUCAUUGGGAGGAAAUGAAGGAAACCAAAGGCCAGCAGAUCUGCAGAUGGCACACUUUGCUGGAAUCCUAGGUUUGCCAACUGGUGUUUGCAUGAUAUGUCCGCCUUGGUCACCUUUGUGGCUGUCUACUGACACCAAGUCAGUGCAUCCUGGAAACCCUUUCAGGCUUUCAAAUAGAGAUUCUACUAACCCCUAGGGGAUUCUGAGUGAGUGCUUUGGGUUUCUCCAAGGCUUGAUUUGGAUUUAAAUAUUGUAAUUAAAAAAAUCCACAUGCACAGUCAAGUAUACUGUAUGGAAAUAGUUAAGACUGGUGAUGAUGAGUUAAUUUUUGCUAGUAAAUUGAGUUUUGGUUCAGACUAUGGGAUAAAGCUUCUCUUGCUAUCUCUAUUUCUUGAAGAGUAACCUGGGAUUGCAAGGGAGAUGAUAAAUGUCACUGUUUGCAACUACUUAGGUGUAUGAAUCAGAAUUUUCUUAAUAUGGUGCAAUAAACUCCAAAAUACAGAAAUGAA